AUGACUGAUAUAGUCCUAGAAUCUCAAUCUUCAUCCUUAUAUGGAAUGGCACCACCAAUAAGUGAUGAAGCUAUGGAUGCGAAACGAAAAGCAUUAGAGAUUCUUGUUGCUCAACCUGAACGAGAUCGACCUCCAGUACCCAAUCAUCUUUUAAAUUCUAAACUUUUUGUUAAAUUAAAAGGUAAUAAAUUAAUUGAAGUAACACCACAUGAAAUACAUUUCGAUGGAUUCGAAUUAAAUCAAAUUCAUACACGUGAAAUACAUAUAUUAAAUCGUUCAUCUGAAGUUUUACGUAUUGAUAUUAUUCCACCACAAACAUCAUUUUUUCAAAUUGAUUAUAAAAAACCACAACGUCUUGUCACAGGUUUUUCUAUACAUGUUAAAAUCUACUUUAAACCAACACAAUGGCAAUAUUAUCAUGAUGCUAUACGUAUACAUACACCUGAACGUGAUCAUCAUUUAAUUGUACCAAUACAUGCAUAUCCAAUAAUAUUACUUGAUGGAAUUUUACCAAAUUCAUAUCAAUUUGCCAAUACACCUAUUGGACAAGUUGCAACAAAAACAUUUUCAUUUCAAUCAGGAGCACCCAUUGAAUUUCAAUAUCGGAUUGAAAUGCUUAGUCAAGAUCCAGCGUUGACUAUCGAACCAGUAGAAGGUACCAUUGAGAAAGCAAAUGUUACAAAUAUAACUGUAACAUAUGCACCAACAGCAUUUUGUACAUCACGUUUAGCAGUUGCUAUAAUUGUAUCACAAUUUCAUGUACAACCAUUUCUUUGUACCUUUGUUGGCAAAUGUAUUCCAGGUCUUGCUAGAGAUUUAGCUAAAAAAACUCUUGGCAUGAGUGGUCAAUUUUCAACAGAUAAUAUUAAUUUAUUAACAAAAAAAUUACCAAUAGCUACAUCUUCAAUACCAUCAACCACAAAACAAAAAUUAACUAAACAACCAAUGACAGAAUCUAUUAUGGAUAAAGAUAUUGAACGUGAUGGUCUUCGUAUACCAAAAAAAAUUGAUUCAACAUGGGCUGUAUCAAAAGUACUUUUACAAAAAAAA